AUGCUGCACCCGCUCGACUGGUCCAGCUACUUUGACAGCAAGCAGUCGAUAGAGGUAGGCAACACCGCUUUCAAUGUGUAUUCCUGCAAGCACACAAACACAGGCCCGAUCUUUAUUCUGCACCAUGGCGCCGGCCACUCGGGCCUGACAUUCGGGCUACUGGCCAAGCACCUUUCCGCCAACCUCCCCGCAUGCUCCAUAGUAGCCAUGGACUGCCGCGGCCACGGGGAUACCACAGGCCCACACGAUGACCUGAGCCUGGCGCAACUGGUGAACGACCAAAUUGCAGUGUUCGAGGAGAUGUUUCCAGGCAAUGCGCGCGACGUGGUGCUGAUGGGGCACAGUAUGGGCGGAGCGGUGGCAGCACAUAGUGCGAAGCGGCUGCAGCAUGUGCUAGGCGUGGCUCUGGUCGAUAUUGUCGAGGGCUCGGCAAUGGACUCGCUGCAUGCGAUCCCGGUGUUCAUCAGUAUGCGGCCGCAGAGCUUUGCGUCAGUGGAGCAGGCGAUAGCCUGGCACAUCGACUCGGGCGCCAUCCACAGUGUGGAGUCGGCACGGCUCUCGGUGCCGUCGCUGGUGCGCGAGAUUGAACCGAAAAAGUAUCCGUUCUGGCGCGGCUGGUACCAGGGCCUGUCGAAGGCAUUUGUCACGGCACCUGCAGCCCGACUGUUGGUUCUGGCGGGCACUGACCGCUUGGACAAGGAGUUGCUGAUUGCGCAAAUGCAGGGCAAGUUCCAGCUCGAGGUUCUGCCUUCAGCCGGCCACACAAUCCAGGAGGACCUGCCGCAGCAGCUGGCGGAAAUCCUAAUGGCGUUCUGGCAGCGCAACCAGCGUCUGAACAUCCCGGUGCGCCGACUGUGA